GCCGACCAUGCAACGCAUUUCGGCGCGGGCGUUGAGCACGUCUACCAAGUCGCAUGUGCCCAAGAUCAUGUCUGGCCGCGUGGAGCGGUCCUUUAUUGAGGUUCCACGCGCGCCCGAUGCUUACCGCCCUCCUACAGAACGGAUCCAAGAUUGGCACGAGAUUAACACAACGUACAGAGCGCCCACGGAACGAAAGGCGCAGGCGGGGCGAUGCAUGGAUUGCGGUACCCCAUUUUGCCAAAGUCGCCAUUUGUCCGGGUGUCCCGUUGCCAAUCUGAUCCCGGAAUGGAACGCACUGGUGUACCGAGACGAAUGGCGGGAAGCGUACCUUCGCUUGAGUGCAACCAACAACUUUCCAGAAUUCACUGGCCGCGUGUGCCCUGCUCCGUGCGAAGGUGCAUGCGUGGCCGGGCUCGUGGAACAACCGGUGACAAUCAAGAACAUCGAAUAUGCCAUCGUCGACCGUGCUUGGGAUGAGGGAUGGGUCACCCCGCGCCUUCCCGUACAACGUACGGGUUUGAAUGUGGCCGUGGUGGGAUCUGGCCCCGCAGGGUUGGCGGCCGCGGACGAACUGAAUCAAAUGGGCCAUACCGUGACCGUAUUCGAGCGCGAAGACCGCAUCGGUGGCCUCUUGAUGUACGGCAUCCCUAACAUGAAGUUGGAGAAGUCAACCGUGGAUCGUCGCGUCCAACUACUUCAUGACGAAGGCAUCACGUUCCGUACGAACGUGGAUGUUGGGUCGAACGUUCGCGAUGUCCUCGCCGAUAUGGAUGCUGUCGUCUUGUGUACCGGCUCGUCCAUCCCGCGCUUUGCCGAUGUUCCUGGGAAGGACCUCUCGGGGGUGCAUUUCGCAAUGGAAUUCCUGACGAGCAAUCAGAAACGACUUCUCGCGAGUAAGGAGGGGACGCUCAAGAGUCGAUGGAACAAGGAUUGGAUCAAUGCCGAAGGCAAGGAUGUGGUGGUUAUUGGCGGCGGAGACACUGGCACAGAUUGCAUCGCAACGGCGCUGCGCCAUCGAUGCCGUUCCGUGGUGAAUCUGGAACACAAUACGGCGCCACCCGAGGCCCGAAGUCCCGCGAAUCCGUGGCCGCAAUACCCCAAGGUGUACGGUGUAGAUUAUGGACACGCUGAAGUGCGCGCUGUGUUUGGCGAAGACCCGCGGCAAUAUGAGCGCUUGACUCUUCGCUUUGAAGGCGACGACGCAGGGCGCCUGACCCAUGUUGUGACAGCGCGCUCGCAAACACUGGAGGAUGGAACCAAGGGACCAAUUCCAGGCACGGAAGAAACAUUCCCGUGCGACUUGGCCAUCCUCGCGAUGGGAUUUUUGCACCCUGAUCAAGCUCUGCCUCAGUCGUUGCAGCUGCAGACAGACACGCGCAAGAACAUUUGGACGGACAACUACGCCACGUCGAUGCCAGGAGUGUUUGCGGCGGGUGAUUGUCGCCGUGGCCAGUCCCUUGUGGUGUGGGCGAUUCACGAAGGUCGAGACGUGGCCCAGAAAGUGCAGCAGUACUUUGUGAGCGAAGGCCUCGCAGAUGAAUUGACCCAUCAAUAAUAAGGAAAGCAUAUAUAUGUACAAUUCCACGCAGC